AUGUCGUUAGAAGAUUCAACCAAGAUAACAGCUGACAUCCUAUCGCGGUUCAUCAAAAAGACACCAUUGACCAGUAAACUCUUGUCAAAACCUCCAUUUCGAUUUCUUCAUGACUUGAUUACAGAGUCUGUAACAAGUACCGGAUGGGCACAAGGACUGUUUACUGAUCCCGAAUUAAAUUCUGAAAAUGUCAAGGAGAAGGAUGCCAAAGUGGCUUUCCUGAAAAAGAUUAUAGACACAGUUUCAUUGUCAACGGGAGUAACAGUCAGGGCAAAUCCAUUAAAGAUUGUUGCUGGUUUAGAGCCUGAAGAGACGAAUGCAUUCUUGCAACUGCUAGGGAAGGCUAUUAUCAAGAAGGUUCCUCACAGUGAGGCAGUCGAACGCGUUCUCUUUGAAUCUAGUGGACACCAAGAUUCAACAACUUCAGUGACCGAAGAAACUGAGAACAGGCCACCUGAACGGCCAGCACGACCACCAUCAGCCAGUCAACAACGUAGACCACCACCACCUGCAGAAAUAGUCAAAAAACAAACAGAAGAAGUUGAGCCGUCUGCAAAAGUAGUGAGGCGGUCGUCAGAUGCAGGAAGCAAAGACCCAAAGAAGAAGGCACCGGCUGUUGCUUCAAGUAGUAGUAAUAUUAGUCCAGCUCGAUCAACCUCAAAAGCAUCAGAACCAUCCAAACGACCAUCGCCAUCAAGACCUGCCACUAAAACACCAUCUAAAUCAAUUAGCAGCACCAGUAAAUCCAGGUCACCCGGCAGAGCAGCCCCUUCAUCAACAUCAAACUCCCGAGACGCACUACAAGAAAGUAACGCACCAUCAGCUGAAGAUUUACAGCAAGACGUAGGACCGGAUGCCGAAGAAGAUGAAUCUGCUGCUGCUGCUGCUGCUUUUGGAAGCGGUAAUGAUAUGGCCGGUGCAAGUUCACCUCCACCUCAACAAUCAGCUCGUCAAGACACUAGUAUGAUGGAAGCUGAUGAUUCGAGAUCAAACAAUAUAUCACCAAUUAAUCAACAGCAACAGAGGUUACCACCACGACCGUCUUCUCGAAUGGCACCGAGGCCUACGACUGCUAAACCGCCGCCUCCGAGGGAGAGGCGUGGUCAGAAAGAUGCAGAGGAGGCUGCAUCGAAUGUCCCCGUUGUGUUUACGGAAUCGAAAAUUGAUACCAUUGAUGACGAGUUUCUCGUGUCGCAUGCUGCUGAGGAUGUUGCUAUGGCAAUGGACACCUCUAGUCCAGAUGAGAAGCAUGGUGGUCUUGUUCGCAAGAUUUUGGAAACCCGACGUGAUUUCGACAAUCAGGAUUCAGAAGCAUUGUCCGGCAAACCCGUGAAUCCAAAGGACAAGUCCUUUGCUGCCAAAGAGGUCGAACAAGUUCGAAAUCUCAUACAAACACUAUGCAAAUCAGUCAUGCCAUUGGGCAAGACACUAGAUUACAUCCAAGAAGAUUUAGAUGCCAUGAACAGAGAAUUUGGAAGUUGGAGGACUGAGGCCAAUCGAUACAAGCAAAUGUUGCAGGAUGAGGUUCGGAUGACGGAGGAGAUACUCAGUCCUCUGGAAGCUCAGCUGAAGGUUGUUGAAGGGAGUAUUGAGGAGCAGCUUGAGAAGAUCAGUGCAGCUAAAGCUGCUGUAGUUCAAAACGACGAAAUGAUUAAGAGACUCAAAAUGACUUCGGCAGCUAGGCCAACAUGGAACCCAGCAAUGGGAGGAUACACAAACAGAGACUCGGGAGCUGCUCCUACAAAGCAGAUCGGUGCUAGAUCAUUGCCUUCACAAUUGACUCUCAAGACUCGACAACCAGGUCAGAAUGCUCCAGAAGAUAUCAAGGAGCGAGACUUGAAGAAGCAAUUGGAAGAAGCUGAAGGAAAGCUUGUGAAGGGGAAGAGAGGACGCGAAGACGAUGACGAAGAACGCGCAACCAAACGCCUAGAAUCAAUCAAAAACAUUGACGCCGACGAUACAGACUCUGAAGAUGACGACUCGGACAAGGACAACACAUUAAACAAGAGCAACGCGUCCGAUUCCGAUUCCGAUGACGACGAUGAAGACGACACUGCCGAACUCUUACGAGAAUUAGAAAAAAUCAAACGAGAACGUGCUGAAGAAAAGGAACGUCAAGAACGGGAACGUCUUGAAGAAGAAGACAAGAAGAGAGAAGAACAGAUUGCUAGUGGGAAUCCGUUAUUGAGUAUGCCUGGUAGUGCUGCUGGUAUGGGGGUUGUUGGUAGUGGGCCAAAGGACUUCAGCGUCAAGAGACGGUGGGAUGAUGAUGUGAUUUUCAAGAAUCAGGCUAAAGGGGUUGACGAGGUGCCUAAGAAGAGGUUUAUUAAUGAUAUGCUGAGGUCUGAUUUCCAUAAGAAGUUUAUGAACAAGUACGUCCGAUAA